CUCUCCGUCGCACAUACAAACAGAGUCCUGCAUUUUCGGCGGGUUCUUCUCUCCCAAACCAUAAACCCCCUCUCCCAACAACGUGUGUUUUCGAGGGGGAGAGAAGCACCGGAAACGAAAUGAUGUCGAGUUUUAUUACGAGGAGGGUAUUAUCGUCAGCAAAUUCUCUGAGCGCCGGACGUUGCUUCUCUCAGGUACCACAGAAGGAGGCGUCGAUUCAUGAAAAUGACGUUCCCAUUCCGAAAAUACCUUCUUUCGACUUCUCUCCUCCUCCCUAUACAGGUCCCUCCGCCGACGAGAUCAUGGCCAAGCGAAGGGAGUAUCUCAGCCCGUCCUUCUUUCACUUCUACACUAAGCCCCUCAACUUGGUAGAUGGGAAGAUGCAGUAUUUGUUCGAUGAGAACGGCCGAAGAUAUCUAGACGCCUUUGGAGGGAUUGCUACGGUAAGCUGCGGGCACUGUCAUCCCGAUGUGGUCGAGGCAAUUGUCAGCCAAACCCAGCGGUUGCAGCACUCCACUGUCCUCUAUCUCAACAACGCUAUAGCUGAUUUCGCCGAGGCCUUAGCCUCAAAGUUACCGGGAAAUCUCAAGGUGGUGUUCUUUACAAAUUCUGGGACGGAAGCAAAUGAAUUGGCUAUGAUGAUAGCAAGAUUAUACACAGGAUGCCAUGACAUAGUUUCACUGAGGAAUUCUUAUCAUGGGAAUGCCGCCGGGACUAUGGGUGCCACUGGACAGCGUACCUGGAAAUUCAACAUUGUACAGAGCGGAGUUCAUCAUGCAAUGAACCCAGACCCAUACAGAGGGAUGUUUGGCUCAGAUGGAGAAAAAUAUGCCAAAGAUGUGCAUGAUCAUGUUGAGUUCGGAACCUCAGGCAACGUCGCCGGUUUUAUAUCAGAAGCCAUACAGGGAGUAGGGGGCAUUGUAGAAUUGGCCCCAGGUUACUUGCCUGCUGUCUAUAAGACCAUAAAAAAUGCUGGGGGCCUUUGCAUUGCCGAUGAGGUACAGGCUGGGUUUGCUCGCACAGGAAGCCAUUUCUGGGGUUUCGAGGGUCAUGGCGUUGUUCCUGAUAUAGUCACAAUGGCAAAGGGUAUUGGAAAUGGAAUUCCUCUUGGUGCUGUGGUAACAACUCCUGAAAUUGCUGAAGUUCUUACUCGUCGGAGUUACUUCAACACCUUUGGUGGGAACCCUGUUUGUACUGCUGCAGGGCAUGCUGUACUGAAAGUUAUUGAGAGAGAAAAGCUUCAGGAGAACGCAUUCAAAGUAGGAUCCUAUCUGAAACAAAGAUUAGUUGAACUCAAGGACAAACAUGACAUAAUUGGAGAUGUGAGGGGUAAAGGACUUAUGCUUGGAGUUGAACUCGUGACUGACCGCGAACUGAAAACUCCUGCAAAAGCGGAAAUUAUGCAUGUAAUGGACCAGAUGAAAGAACUGGGAGUAUUGAUUGGAAAAGGAGGAUUCCAUGGAAAUGUAUUUAGGAUUACUCCUCCUCUCUGCUUUACCAAGGAAGAUGCAGAUUUCGUUGCAGAUGCGAUGGAUUACACAAUGUCGAAGAUGUGAAGCUGCCUAGCUAAAUAUAUGGAUCAAUAGUGAUGUCUGCCUUUGAUCAAUUGCAGACUAGCUAGUGUUGUCUCAAUCAAUUACAGUACAUUAUAAGUGAACAGAAUUUAUCCGUGUAGGUUUUCUUCUACUAUGAGUUGCUACUUGGGAAACGAUGAGCCAACACCUUGUUGCCUCUCGUUCAGAUAUUCGCUGUGAUCUUGAAUGUGCAUGCUCAGAACUCUCCCUUUACCUCAGACUUCCAAAAACUUAUAAGUGAAGGUAAUUGAGCUACACAAAUAUAUUGUUUUCUAAAAAGAGAAGAAACAGAUAAAUCGUAAAUUGCUCCUGCGUACAGUUCUAAAAAUCAUUUUUCCGGCAUAAUCAUAUGAUCAUAUGACUGUUAAAACUAGAAAGGAUUUUCUACACCGGCACGGGCACUGAAAGUACAGACAAAGGCAGUCACGUUGUCAAUAGUUCUUCUAGAGCCACUGGGCUGUAGAAGGUAGUCGGCAAUUCCGAAAACUCACUUUCAAUUAAAAAAGGGGCCCGAAAUGAUGAAGCCCAAAUGAUGAUUUGGGUGAUUGGGUCCAGACUUUUUAGUCCAUACCACAUCAUGAGUAUCUGGGCCCUGUUAACCAUCUUCUUGAAGCUCCCAUUAUGUUAACCAAGAAAAAAAGUGUAAGGAAAUAAAGAUCUGUAACUUCCUUUUUUGCAAUUUGCAAAAUACGAUGAACCUUACCUAGGAGCAUGUCCAACGCAUGACUCAAAAUAAGUAAAAACCAGUUUUUGGUCAUGUUUUUUCACUUUAAUGGCUUCUAACCGGUAACUUAAAAGCUUAUUCAUUUUCAGCUUUUCAUUUUUGCUAACUCAAAUCUCGGUGUCAAAAAACAUUACCUAUAUCUCAAAAUUAAUUUUUUUAUUGUUUCUCUGGUUCCUCCACACCAGACUCUUCACGCGAAUCCCCUUUGUUCACGAGAGUUGCUCCCGAUUGCGAGAGUCGGUAAACUCCUGUCUUGAACUCGUCAUACUGAAGUCACAGAUUCGCCCUGUAGAACCACAUCAGUCUUGCAAUCCACCGGAACCACCCGCUUGCCGUAGAAAAUCAUCAUUCUAUCCACCGGCGCAACUCACCCAAUUGCCACCAUCAAUCUCCUUCUUUGAGAGCUUCAAUUAGACGCUUCUUCUUCUUCGAAAGAUGAUUUCUCUGCAGAUUCAUCAGGUGAUGAGUCGAAGGAUGAUUCGGACAUGCGCUACAUGGUUGCGCUG